AUGAAAGGCAGCCUUGAAGAGGGCGUGAGUAACCCUGGAGGGGUCAAUGUUGAGGCGGGUGUGAAAUUAGGGGGAGGUUUAGAAAACGACUCUGUCUUCACUUUCACAGAGUCAAGUGACAUCGUUAUUGGCAUCCAAUGUGUCAAAAUCUAUCAUGAGAAGUCGGGAUUCUUGGGUAUAUUUGGGGAAAAGGAGAUCAAAAGUCAAUAUGUCACUGCCGGUGCUACAUUCUAUGGCGAAAAUUCCAGCAAUUCUCCGGAGACAGAUGCAAAGUUUGUUGUGGUGAAGCCUGCGGAUUACGACAUACCGGAACUGGCUUGUUAUUCCGAGGGUGAUGAAGUUUGGAUGGCACCAAAGAUACUAGGAGUUUAG